CCAAAACCAACCACCUCCCAAUCCUAAACACCCCCAUGUUCGGUCUUCUCUCUCUCUAUAAUCAUCGCUUUGUUUCCUCUAUAAUUGUCCCUGUCAAGAGUUUUUUUUUGUUCAUAUACUUUUUUUUUAGGUUUUAAUCAAUGGCCGGCAUGCUUCCUGGUGUUGAAUGCGCGAGAAGAAGACGGUUCCAUCAGAGCGGAGGCUUAUCUGAUUCGCCGAGUGCGGCGGUAAUUGGCUUAACGAGGAGGUCUUCCUUUUGUUUGUAUGCAAGCAACCAUGAAACUCACCACACCUCGGUUUCCUCACAGCAAAGGAGCAUAUCAACUCAGACUUAUCAAGAUGAUAAGCUUGGAGUGGUGGUAAGAGAAGCAAGGGAAAGAUUAGAUGGAAGGCUGAGAUCACAGAGAAAAUCACAACCCAAAAGGCACAAGAGCAAAGAGAUUACCAAGUGUGUGGUGGAUCAAGGGGAAUUGCAGAGUGAAGUGUAUGGAGCAAAGAAGAGGUUCAGCUGGGGUAAACUGAGUUGGAAGGCGAUGGAGCAGGAUGAGUGUGCGAUUUGCUUGGAAAGGUUCAAAGCCGGCGAGAGCCUGGUUCAUCCGCCGUGCGCGCACCGGUUUCACUCGAGGUGCUUGGUCCCGUGGCUACAAAAUAAUGCUCAUUGCCCAUGUUGUAGAAUAGGAAUACUACCUUAGCUUCCCACCAAGUUUACUGGUUUUGGUACAGUUUUAUUGAAAUAAAAAGUGUCAUGCCUAAGAUGCACUAUGUGAUGAAUACCAGAUUGAAUGUAUCAUAUGUGUGGAAUCUGAAAUUAGAAACGUAUACCGUAUAA